AUACUACGCCCUUGUGACUUAUAGUUUUUAUUUCACAGCCUUUCUACAGAAAGCCCAAAAAGAGCGAAGGGGUACCCUUAAGUGACGUACGAUGAUAUUUUCUGUACACUAAUUUACUAAAAGCAUAGUAGUUACGGUUACAGAGGGAAAACAAGAGUCUAUAUCAUUGAAUGUAGAUAGCGUAGAUUCAGUGGAGUAUCAUAGAAGUUGGUUACUCAGUCUGUAUAUUUUUCUCUUAUCAAGUUUUCCUCACAUAUGGGUUCAUGGGUAUCCAACUACUUUUUGGAAAGAGUUUUUUUAUCGGCUUUUUUCGUUCGCUAAGGUUUUCGCUGACUUUCACCUUAAAUGAGGAAGAUCUGGAGCUGUUUUCUGACCAUGCCCCAGCUAACUAGAACGAAAAAAGCCGAUAAAAACACUUUUUCCAAAAAAGUGGUUGGAUACCCAUGGAUUCACCCAUAUAUUACAGUCACGAUAAAUGAGAUUUUUCACCUACGCAUGAAAGUGAUGUUUUCUUUUAUUUUCUUCCUUAGGUACAAUUUUACAUACCUUCAUAUUGGCUCCAUACUAUCCAUGGAAAGUCACGCACAAUAAACAUCAUAAAAAUACAGGCAAUAUUGAUAAAGAUGAAGUCUUUUAUCCGCAACGUUUAAUAACUACUGAUGAUGAAUUAUCCACAAACAAGACAUAUGUAAUUGACGCUGUAAACUCCGCCGGAGUACCAUAUUUUGGGUUUGGGAUAGGUUGGUUCUACUAUUUAGUGUUCGGUUAUUCUCCACGUAAGAUAAAUCAUUUUAAUCCAUUCCAUCCAAUGUUCCAAAAACAUAUUGUUGGCGUCACAUCCUCACUAAUAGGCUAUGGAUUUAUGUUUUAUGUCAUGUAUUUAUAUGCUCAAUCAUGCGGCUAUUUGGCAUUAAUUUGCUAUCAUUUAAUUCCUGUAUUUAUAUUCGGCUGUUAUAUGGUUAUAAUUACAUUUUUACAUCAUACUGAAAUUGACGUACCAUGGUAUUCAAAUGAUGAAUGGGAUUAUGUUCAAGGUCAAUUAUCAACUGUCGACAGACACUAUGGUCAUGUUCAUUCGAUUAUACACUCAAUUGGUACUCAUCAAAUACAUCAUUUAUUUACGAAAGUACCACAUUAUCAUCUAGAAGAAGCUACUGAAUAUUUUCGAAAAGCAUUUCCACACCUUGUUCGAUUGAAACACGAGAGAAUUAUACCAUCAUUUCUCAAAAUGUUUAAAAUAUUUAUUCAACAACGAACAGUUGGAAACGAUGUUCGAGGCGAUCGUAUGUGGUCAUUUGCAGUUGCUAUUUAUUUUAUUACAUUAAAUGAUGGUAAUUUACAAAUGGUAGCAUUAAAUGGUCUUGUUAUUAACAUAGCAGUUAUUUUAUUUGCAUCAAUUAUCGGAGAUUGGGUUGAUAAAACACCAAGAAUUGGAGCUGUACGAAAAGCAUUAUAUGUUCAAAACUUAUCUGUUGCAUUAAUGGCUGGCAUAGUUGUUUUUGCUUUAUUAUAUAAAAGUCAUUUAGAGAUUGUAUGGAAGGGAUAUUUUUUACUCUUCAUACAAGUAUUGUUAAUAUUUCUUGGUGUAUUUGCAACAUUGGCUAGCAUUGCAUCAAAAGUGGCUAUCUCUAAAGAUUGGAUUGUGGCAAUAUACGGUCAUAAUCAACAAAAAUUAGCUCUAACCAAUGCAGCUAUGAGACGUAUCGAUCUGUUGACAAAUGUUUUGGCACCGUUGGUUGCUGGUGGUAUAAUGGCAUUUAUUUCACGUUGGGCUAGCGCUUUACUUAUAUCAAGUUGGAAUGUGAUAUCGUUAUUCAUCGAAUUAUAUCUUUACACGAAAGUUUAUAAAUCAGCAGAAUCCAUACUUUCAAAUAAAAUUAUUGAGAAAAAAUCAAUUCGUAUGAAACCAUUUACACAAUUAAUAACGUCUGUUAAAGGCUUUAAAACUUAUUAUAAAAUGUCGACAAUGUAUCCAGGAUUAGCAUUAGCAUUACUCUACUUUACGGUAUUGAGUUUUGAUUCUGUAACAAAUGGUCUAUCUGAAUUUUUUUAUGGUGGUUUUAACGGUAUUGGCUCACUUAUGGGAGUUUUGGGAACAAUUUGUUAUCCAUUACUUAUAAAACGUAUUGGCUUGGUUCGAACAGGAAUUGUUGGUUUUUGGUGUGAAUAUGCUUGUUUGCUAUUAUGUCUAGCAUCAUUGUUUGUUCCUGGUACAGUAUUUCAUCCAUUCAAAUAUAAAUCAUUUGCUUUAUGUCCUGUUAACAACAAGAAUGAUACCCUGAAAUUAGUAAGCAAUGAAACAUCUACAAUAUUGACAACAAUUGUCUGUUCAAAGUCAUCAUUAUCUGUUCUAUUACUGACUAUUGGUAUUACAUUCAACAGAUUUGGCUUAUGGAUAGCUGAUUUAACUGUCAAUCAAUUACAACAAGAGUGUGUACCAGCUGAUGUAAGAGGUCUUGUUGGUGGUACUCAAUGGUCAUUAAAUCAAUUUUUUGAUAUGUUACGUUAUAUUUUGCUCAUUUGUUUACCACUUAUGGAACAAUUUGGUUAUCAUGUAAUAUUAUCAACAUUUUCUGUUUUAACAGCUAGUAUUCUUUACACAAUAUGGUCUUUUACGGCAAAAGCAAAAAUUCUUGUAAAUCCAGCUGAGGAAAUGAUGAUAGAAUAUAAUAUCAAAUUAUUUGAUGGACAAACGGAUACACGACAGAUAUCAAAUGAUUUAUCCAACUAUUAUGAAACAAAAACUGGUGAAAAAAUCAAAUAUGUUGACGAAGAAUAUUAG